CCGAGCGGAGCCGGCGGGCCGCGGGCGAGCGCGAUGCCGGCGGCGGCGGGGGACGGGCUGCUGGGCGAGCCUGCGGCGCCCGGGGGCGGCGGCGGCGCCGAGGACGCGGCCAGGCCGGCGGCGGCCUGCGAGGGAAGUUUCCUGCCCGCCUGGGUGAGCGGCGUGCCCCGCGAGCGGCUCCGCGACUUCCAGCACCACAAGCGCGUGGGCAACUACCUCAUCGGCAGCAGGAAGCUGGGCGAGGGCUCCUUCGCCAAGGUGCGCGAGGGGCUGCACGUGCUGACCGGAGAGAAGGUGGCCAUAAAGGUCAUUGACAAGAAGAGAGCCAAAAAGGACACUUACGUCACCAAAAACCUUCGGCGAGAGGGGCAGAUUCAGCAGAUGAUCCGCCACCCCAACAUCACCCAGCUCCUUGAUAUCUUGGAGACGGAAAAUAGCUACUACCUGGUCAUGGAGCUGUGCCCUGGAGGCAACCUGAUGCACAAGAUCUAUGAGAAGAAGCGGCUAGAGGAGUCUGAAGCCCGCAGAUACAUCCGGCAGCUCAUCUCUGCCGUGGAGCACCUGCACCGGGCUGGGGUGGUCCACAGGGACUUGAAGAUAGAAAAUUUGCUACUGGAUGAAGACAAUAAUAUCAAGCUGAUUGACUUUGGUUUGAGCAACUGUGCUGGGAUCCUGGGCCACUCGGACCCGUUCAGCACGCAGUGUGGCAGUCCAGCCUAUGCCGCCCCCGAACUUCUUGCCAGGAAGAAAUAUGGCCCCAAAAUCGAUGUCUGGUCCAUAGGCGUGAACAUGUAUGCCAUGUUGACUGGGACCCUGCCUUUCACAGUGGAGCCUUUUAGCCUGAGGGCUUUGUACCAGAAGAUGGUGGACAAGGAAAUGAACCCCCUCCCCACCCAGCUCUCCACAGGGGCCAUCAACUUCCUGCGCUCUCUCCUGGAACCGGAUCCUGUGAAGAGGCCCAAUAUCCAGCAAGCCCUGGCAAAUCGCUGGCUUAAUGAGAAUUACACGGGCAAAGUGCCGUGUAACGUCACCUAUCCCAACAGGAUUUCCCUGGAGGACCUGAGCCCGAGUGUGGUGCUUCACAUGACGGAGAAGCUGGGUUACAAGAACAGCGACGUGAUCAACACUGUGCUCUCCAACCGCGCCUGCCACAUCCUCGCCAUCUACUUCCUCUUAAACAAGAAACUCGAGCGCUAUUUGUCAGGGAAAUCUGACAUCCAGGACAGCGUUUGCUACAAGACCCAGCUCUACCAGAUAGAGAAGUGCAGGCCCAGCAAGGAGCCCUAUGAGGCCUCCCUGGACACCUGGACAAGAGACCUUGAAUUCCAUGCUGUGCAGGAUGAAAAACCCAAAGAACAAGAAAAGAGAGGGGAUUUUCUUCAUCGGCCGUUUUCCAAGAAGCUGGACAGGAACCUCCCCUCCCACAAACAGCCCUCGGCCUCGCUCAUCACGCACAUUCAGAACACCAAAGCCCUGCUGAAGGACCGGAAAGCCCCCAAGUCCGGCUUCCCCGACAAAGAUUCCUUCGGCCGCCGCAAUAUCUUCCGCAAGACCUCAGACUCCAAUUGUGUGACUUCUUCUUCCAUGGAGUUCAUCCCCGUCCCACCCCCCAGGACCCCCAGGAUCGUCAAGAGACCGGAGCCCCCUCCACAGGGCCCUGGGGGCCCUGGCAUCCCCCCCAAGGAAGACCCCCCGGUGCUGGAUUUGGUGCGCUCCUUCGAGUCCGUGGACCGCGAGGACCACUCUGAGCCACUGUCCCCGUCUCAUCACUAUCGGAUUCUAAGCUCACCUGGGGGCUUGGCCCGCGGGAAUCCCGGUGAGCGGACGCUCUCCCCGGCCCUACUGCCCGGAAGUCUGUCCCCUCUGCAGACUCCUUUGCAUCCCACUCUGGUCUCCUUUGCUCACGAAGAGAAGAGCAGCCCCCCGAAGGAGGAGGGCGUGUGCUCCCCACCUCCAGCUCCCAGUAACGGUGCCACGCAGCCGCUGGGGAGCCCGAAUUGUGUAAAGAGCCGCGGCAGGUUCCCCAUGAUGGGCAUCGGACAGAUGUUGAGGAAGCGACAGCAGAGCCUGCAGACCCCCGCAGACCGGCCCCUGGAGGCCAGCAUGCCCCCCCUGCAGCCCAUGGCCCCCGUGAGCCUCUCCUUCGACAUGCCUGAUGGGGUCAAAGGCCAGUGCUAACCCGGGCCAGUGGCGGGAUUCUGGGUGUUUCUAAGGACAGCGGUGGAACAGAGCUCCUCACAUCUGUCAGGGUGUGAAGAUUGAAAGGCCUCAUGGGAGCCUCCUUCAGGGUCUCACCGCCCCCUGCCACGGAAUGUCCCCACUGUGAACCGCUAAAACCCACAGACCCAAAGCCUGCACUCCCCAGGCUCGCGUAGGGACCCUGGAGUCGCUGGGAUUUACGAGGAGGGGUGGUUAUAGGUGCGGUUUCAACCAGUUGUGUCCUCCUUCUGCCCACCCACCCACGACCCUCUGCCCACCUCCCACUGCUGGGCUGCUGGGUGAAAACCCCACACCGGCUGCUGGGCUCUCGGAUCACAGACUGUUAUGAGAUCUUUCCUCACUUUGUGAUCUUCUCAGCAGUCAGCCAGUCACCCGGGGGCUGAAGGCGGCAUCGCAGAGUGGCUCGUCCAGGCCACUGCUCCCCUUCCUCUCGCAGACCGUGGUCGCUGGUGAGCCCGCUGCCUGAGGAAGACAGGAAGCAGCACCUCCCCCUCUGAGUGGAAGGGGGCAUCGGGGCAAAGACCGAUCCAAAUGGUGGGGACCCUGGUGAAAGGAAGGGCCCAAAGGGACACGCCUUUGCCAUCUUUUUUGGUUGACCUUGCUGAUGGUUCAAUGAUCUUUUCCCAAGAUGGUGUUUCUUUAUGUGAUGUCAAAUUGAAGUAACGUAAUUAAAAAAACAACCCGGCUGGAGAGACCACGAGAAGCGAUUCUACCAAACUCACGUUUUCACGCAAGGAUGAGCGUGGAGGGCACGAAAGCUCUCCCACGUGAUGUUUUCAGUGGCCGGUGGCCUCCCGUGGCCUGCAGGAGGGCUUGAUCGCAGCUGGCCCCGUGUCCCUCCCGUUGUGUCAACAUGACCUGAUCCUUCUGGAAGGCAUAGGACAGGGCCACGGCUGGUUAUUUAGGAAGAGAAAAGGUUGAGGUUGAAUUUGGAUGCGUUUGGAAGGCACCGUUGCCUCUGUGCAGUGCGGCUUUCAAGCUGCCAAGAUAACAAGGGUGGCUUAGAGCUGAGUUCAUUUGCUGUGAGCUGUGAGAGGGCUUGCCUGGCGGGGACCGUGUUCAAAAACUCAGCACCGUGUCCUCUUGGAGGAAAGCGGCAUUCCUCAAACACGCUUGGAGUCCGCGCUGUUUUCACGCCUUUCGUCAAGGAUCGAACCAAAGAUGCGUCUCCGGUUCUGUGUCCACGCCAUCCCCGUGUGCGCCUUUUGUGGACCUCGGUGUUGUCUGACCGUGUCUAGCAGGAGCUUGCUGGGGUCCGUCUCCUCUCAGGGCCCCGGGCCCUGGCACUUGGUGGCGACCACCCGGUCAUGAGCAAAAUUGGAGAAAGGAGGAGGAAUUGGCACAGGCCGGAUAGCGGUUAGCUCGGGAGACAGGUGGCACAGUGGCUUGAGGUCUUCAGCUGUUGACUGGCGCAGGCGUGAGCAGACCCACAGCUGUGGUCACCCCGGGGCUUGCCCGCUGGUUCGGAAACAGGCCGCGGCCCUUGAGAACAACAACGCCUGCCUUUGUUUCCCCUGGCAGCCAGCCCGUGCCAGAGAGCCCCGGGGUGCUUCCUCAGCUUCUCUCCUUUAGCAGCGGUGACCUCUUCCUGCCCCACACGUUUCUGGCUGAGCAAGGAAAAGUGUGGAUAUUUGGCUGACCCUAGAAGCCACUGAGAUGCCCGGGCUCGGCUGACUUCACAAGACCUGGAGCUGCUGUGUCCCACCUCGAUGGGAUCAUCCCGGCCCUGGGGCUUGCUAGGAGGGAGCCAGGCUCCUGGCUGUGGUGUCGUUCUUCUGUGUGGCUCCAGACCGGGUUCCAGAACUUUCCGUUGGAAGUGGCGCUUGUUAAGCAGAGAGAAGAAAAGCAUCUGAAAGCGGCCUCUCUCCACUUGACGUGAAGCGUGUCUGGUUUCUGACCAGCGAAGGAACCCUUUUCGAACACGGUUGCUGGCUUCAAGUGUCGUGCUCUGCCGAUUCGCCGACUCGCCGACUCGCGGGCUGUGUCCCUGUGCCUUGUGAACUUCUCUCCCCUUAUGUCUCUUCCUUGUAUUGUACUUUCCUUGAGAACAUGAGUGUUUUUUCCGUAUCGCUGUCAAAUAAGCUCAUUGGGACAUGCUUUCUGUUCCUCGAUUCAGGAACAGCCGUAGACCGUCGUACGACUCACGGACCGUGUCACCAUUGGUAGCUUGAACAGUGAACUCAGGUUUAUUCCAGACCCAGUGAGAGGUGAGAGUGAGGAAGGGGGGAGGGGUCAACUGUAUUUUUUUGUAUGUGAGCACCUGACAAAUCUAUGAAACCGAAUGAAAGAGGAAAUGUUAAAUUCUUUAUUAUUUUAUUAUAUUUAUAUGGGAAACUGGACCUUUGGUAAGUACAAAGUAUGUUGUCUGUUUGACCCAUGACUGUCUCUCAUUAGUGUGUGCCCAUGACCUCAGUCAGCCUGUAGUCACUGACGGAAAUGACUGAACUGUCACCGUGUGAAGUCCAGGAGGAAAAGUCCACUUUAAUUGUAUGAUUUGGUCGUAAGUAAGGACUGUAUUUAUGUCACCAUUAAGUAUAUGUACUUUUAUAAUGACUGUGAAAUACACUAUUCCCUCACCA